GCUCACACUACGAGGACCCGCCAAACACACACAGUCACAAGUAGACACAUGACAGGCCUGCUAGUUAACCAGUUCAGCUAGUUUUGCUGGCUUCUUGUGGAUCUAAUCAUGUUUGUAGCUCGUAGCAUCGCAGCAGAUCAUAAAGAUCUAAUUCACGAUGUUUCCUACGAUUUCCACGGCCGUAGAAUGGCAACUUGCUCCAGUGACCAAAGCGUCAAGGUUUGGGACAAAAGUGAGAACGGAGAGUGGCACUGCACAGCCAGCUGGAAGACACACAGUGGAUCCGUGUGGAGAGUGACCUGGGCUCAUCCUGAGUUUGGGCAGGUUCUUGCUUCCUGCUCCUUUGACAGAACAGCUGCUGUCUGGGAGGAGAUUGUAGGGGAAUCUAAUGACAAACAGAGAGGACUGAGCCACUGGAUAAAGAGAACCACUCUAGUGGACAGUAGAACAUCAGUGACUGAUGUGAAGUUCGCCCCGAAACAUAUGGGCCUGAUGCUGACCACCUGCUCUGCGGACGGAGUGGUGAGGAUCUACGAGGCUCCCGAUGUGAUGAACUUGAGUCAGUGGUCCUUGCAGCAUGAGAUCUCCUGCAAGCUCAGCUGUAGCUGCAUCUCUUGGAACCCUUCCAGCUCCCGUGCACACCCUCCAAUGUUUGCUGUUGGAAGUGACGACAGCAAUGUGACGUAUGGUGGGAAAGUUCAGAUCUAUGAGUAUAAUGAAAACACCCGGAAAUAUGGUAAAGCAGAAACACUGAUGACCGUCACGGAUGCAGUCCAUGACAUCGCAUUUGCUCCAAAUCUUGGAAGAUCUUUCCAUGUGCUCGCCAUUGCAACAAAAGACGUCAGAAUAUUUAAGCUUGUUCCUAUGAGGAAGGAGAGCACCUCUACAGGACCCACCAAGUUUGAGGUGCAGACUGUGGCUCAGUUUGACAACCAUAAUUCCCAGGUGUGGCGUGUGAGCUGGAACAUCACUAGCACCCUGCUGGCCUCCUCGGGGGAUGAUGGCUGUGUUCGCCUCUGGAAAGCUAACUAUAUGGACAACUGGAAGUGCACAGGCAUCUUGAAGGGAGACGGCAGCCCGCUGACAGGUUCAUCUGGUCAGCCUACAGCCAUGAGCACUGUGGUGGGCUCCUCUGUUCAGACCUCCCAGAAUGCCCUGAAUGGGAUGUCUGCAGGAAGAAGCAGACCGUGUAACUUUUGAAUGAAGAGUGGACACAUUCUGCUUUAUAUAAUGUAAGUAUUCAGUUUAUGAGCAGCCGUAUUUGGUCUCAAUGAAUUUGCUGAUAUAUAACUCCUCUAUACUUGUUACAAUGUUUUAGUGUUUGUCAUUAUUCCAUAAUUCUCACUUUUAGUCACAGUGGCUGCUGUUCAUAAGUUACACAGGCUGCCUUUACAGUUACAGAUGAGCAGAUAUGAUUGUUUUAUGUAUUGUGAUGCAAAACUUUUAAGUGCCAGUAAACAAAUAGGGUUUGAGCAAACACUGGUUUGUCAGAGUUAGUAUGUGGCUGUAUUUAUGUUCAAUUUAUUAACCUCACACUUAACAAAACCUCAGUUUUUAACUUUGUUAAUAUUUUUGACUUAACUUUAAAGUCAUCUCUAACCUGAGUAACACAGAAUUUAUGUUCUGUAUGAAAUUAUGUGAUAGAAAAAUGAACUUUUCAACCAAAUCUAAAUUUGUAAUUCAAGUUGUAAAAUUAUUUAACCUGCAGGUUUUGUUGUAUUACAGUUAUCUGUUGACAAAAAUGAGUGUGACGUGGGGUUAAAGUAAUGUGGUAUUGUACUGCUUGUUGCAUGCAGGAUUGGCAAGAGGGCUCCCUUUGCUCCUCCCCUCCGCCAGCUGACCUCUCCAAAGAUAUACCAGCAUCCUGCAUAUUACUAAUGUCUCUUGUGCAUUAGCUACCAUUUGCUCUUGUGUCAGUGCAUUUGAAAUGCAAGAUUGUGUGUGAUUGAUAUCUUCAUUUUUGGCAUGCUUCUGUACUGAGCAGCUUCCACCUUGUUUUGAUUCCAUCAUGCUUUUGACACUGCUUUGACUGCACAUACGCUUUUGAAAAAUAAACCGUUUUCACUA